UGAUAUUUAUCGUAUUUGGCGCUGUAAUUUUUGUGGAUGUUUCAACCAGCUGAUAAUUUAAAUAGAUACAAUCAACUUAUUUUGAAGUUUUUUAAAUACAUUCAAAUCUAUUGGGAAUCAUUAAGCCUACAAAAUCAUUGUAACGGUAGUAAAAUCUACUUCAUUGCUACUAAAUAUGAACUUCAAUUGAUUACCACCAUUCAUUUUUCAUCUGACUUAUGCAAUUUAAAUAUUCGACUAUGAGCAAAAACUCACCUUCGUCACCUAAUAAUCAAGUUGCCCGUCCACCAUCUCGGUCAUCAUCACGUUCAUCCACAACCAAGCCUAGUCGUCUACCUGGAGAUAGUGUGCUCUUCGCUCCUGUUUAUCAAGAGGAGAAGCUUGAAAAUCUUCAUAAUAAACUGAAAGAAUCUACAUUUGAAGUCACUUUGAUGAAAGAAAAACUUUUGGAAAAGGCGAAAGCUACUCUUAAUCUGAAUAGACUACCUCAACCAGGAUCUUUUAUACCUUUUUUUCACUUCGACGAAUUCAAAGAUGUUCAUUUAUCUUUUUUGCAACAUAACCCACCCUACACUCCAUGGUAUUCAAUAACUGAAACUUAUUUUGGACAAGGAGUUAUUGAACUUCAUAAAUCAGUUUAUAAUAUACUUUUGGAGCACCAAAAUGAAAGAUAUGGCCCAGAACAAAGUGAACAGAUUAAUCCUACUGAUCAUGACUUUCUGAUCGACAUUGAUCUUGACGAUUCUUAUCAACCAUCUUAUACCAUCACAAAUUUACACUGAAAAGCUUUGAUCAUUGGUGAACAGCUAAACAAAUCUACUGUAAAAAGGAAAAAUCAGUCUCUUUAGUUACAGAGUACAUGUAAUUUGAAGCUAAUCAUGUUAAUCAAAUUUGUUUGAUUUUAAUUUCUGGAAAUCGCUUUACAUUUUAUAUUUUAUUUUUAACAGGCCGGUCAGAUUGAAUCGAAUGUAACUCAGCAUUAUUGUGUUGCUAAUAAAUAUUAACUAUUUAGAUAUUA